UCGAUGUUACAUGGCCAAAAUGUAGCCGGCAAUGGUUCGUUGGCGAUAUUGGUACCAGUAAAUCCGUUGCUGCUGAUAUUGCCCUACCUAAAGAAAUAUGCAAAGGAUGAUUACAUGCCGUUGAGAAGCAUACUGCUUGAUGAUGAGUUCCCGGCAGUGAAAUUGCUUGAGAAAAUGGAUACUGUUAUCUCCAGGUUGAAGCACAUAUGUUAUUGUCAUGAAAUAUCGGGUGUAAAAGUGUUCAGAUAUGAUGAGCAAUUGCUACUGAGCUAUCUGACAAGAAAAUUGAAGUGUUUGGAAAAAACAGCCGGACCUGAAUUCGGUGAAGCCAUUUAUGCAAUUCUGGAAGAUAACGUUUCCGCAGACAUACUGGACUUGCUGGAGCAAAAGGAGGAUGUACCACCAAGCGGUUUCAGAAAGCGGGCGUGCAAGUUUUUCAACAAAGAAAUAGCUGUGCCUGCGCUAAAGUCUGAGCAACCACCGGUAUUUUUCAUCAUUUUCCUCUGA